GAGGCAUAGCCCAAAGACUGGAUAUCUGACACACGAGCACCUUGGGCUAACCCCAAAAUGGACGAGGGAAAGGCAUCAGGAGGGUGCCACUCUGCGCUUCCAGAAAGGGACAGCCAAAUCUACCCCAUACACCAGCUUACUCUGAUCUCAGGUGGACAUGGCCUACAGGGGCCACAUUCGACCCAGGGGCCUGGGCUGGGCCCUGAGACUGACCGUGGUGUGGAUCCUGCUGGGGGCCUGUGGAGGGAGCCGCCAGCUCCCAGCUCUGACCUGGAGACACCAUAGGUUGGCGACCCAUCUCAGCACAGGCCAGCAGCACCUUGCAGAGAUGGACACACCAGAGGCACCAGGCCCAGGGACAGCCCCAGAACGCUGUGGGGAGCCGAGCCCUGGGUGCGAAUCCUUCCUGGGACACCUCCGAGUCGCCCUCCACAGUCGCUUCCACCUGCUGUUAUUGGGGAUACGCCAGCAGCAGCCGCUCUGUUCUGAGCUCUGCGAUGUCUGGUUUGCCACUUGCAAAAGCGAUGUUACCUGCGGCCCAACUUGGCUCCCAUUCCCAGAAACGAGGCGCUGUGAGCCCGACUGCACUACCUAUGAGCAGACCUUUGCAGACGGGGCGGACCUUUGCAGCUCAGUUCUGGGCUACGUGCUGCCGGCGGCAGCUCCUGGCGCCGGUCACUGCCUCAACAUUUCCAUCUCGGUACCGCCGAGUCGCAGACAUGAACGGAGGGCCCGGGAAAUCAGUUUCCCGCGCUCCCGCAGCUCCCGCGCCUGGAUCCUGGAGGCUGCGGGCAGUGGGAGUGGCAGCGGAAGCGGCAGCGGCCCUUAGGGGACACCCGCCUCGGAUGGAAGAUGCGUCCCUUUCUCCUACCCGGCCCAGAGCGCCACCGCUCUUCCUCUCUGCUUUCUAGUUUCCAGAGUCCUGUCCCUCCUCCUGGAGUCCCAGAGACUAGCGCUUCUUCAGGUUAUUAGAGAAAUAACCCAACUCUAGCUCAU